CACACGAAAGCAGGGUUGACUCCACGCUCACGCUCAAGCUUUCGUCAUGAGCCAGCCGUGUUAAGUAAAACAACCCGCAUCAAGCAUUGUAAGCUACGCCAAGUACCUCUGUCACCCAGCACCGUUAUCUCUCACACUUAACUUUUCUCCCCAAUCCAUCAAACAACCAAGUGAAGCACCAACAUGUCGAACCUCCCAACCGACGGUCCCGCCAGCGAGUGGAAGCCCCAGGGCUCCGGCCCUCACCCCACCCUUGCCGGCAACAUGUUUGACCCUGGCGUCAAGGCCGAUGGCAAGCUGGGCAGCACCGGCACCGGUGUUGGUGGCACCGACGAGCAGGCAAUCAGGCAAGAGGGUCUCGAGCACAUCAGAUCCCACGUCGACUCACCGACGGGCGGCCAAACGCAGCCGCUCUCCUUCGGCUCACAGCAGACAGACGUCGAGCCGCGCAGCUCCGGUUCGGUAUUGGGCAGCGGUCUGAGCAGUGGCUCCGGUAGUGUUAUGCCAGCGAGCAACCCGGGCUACGAUGACACUACUGGCGGAAUCUCGCAGGGUAGCGGCGGUGUUAGUGGCUCCGCUCAUGUUCAUACUCCCGUACCCAAUGAGAACACUACUGAGACCACAGGUGGAUCACAGACUGUGGUGGGCACCGUCAUGGGCUAUCUCGGUCUAGGCGGCAACAAAGGAACCACGGAUCCCGAUGUCGAAACCAGGAAUGCGGGUGCGGACGACCUCCGUGAGCUCGCGUCUCAUGCUACAUCCGGCGGCAGCACGGGCACGGGCACUGGUUCUGGUACUGGCACCAGCCGCGAGACCGAUACUGCACCUACAACAGGUACAGGUAUUGCUCCCAGCACCGGCACUGCUGGACCCGCCAGCGACUCCACUUCAAACACAACGGGAUCAGAUCCUAUUCAGCGUAGCUCGGCACAGGCGCCAAAGCCAGCGGACAGCGAUGUCACUACUGGCAACGAGCCGACCGAUUCCGCCGACCCGACAACCAAGGACACGGCAUUGACAGACAAGGAGCAGAAGACCGAAGCGAAUAAUGAGGCGCACGGCGGCGAGAAGGACAAGAGGAAGGAAGGCAACCGGUACAACGAGGAUGCCAUUCCGACUGCGGGUGGAGUGAAGUUGGGCCAGAAGCAUUGGGGUGAGAGCCAAAUUGUACCGGACAACCCGAAGCCGCAGCAGAGUGAGGGGGCCGUGAGCAGCAGCGCGGGUCAGCCUACCGGUAUGUCUAGCUAAUGUCUGCAAUUGAGGGUGAGUCGAUGCGCUAACGGUUGAAUAGACCAAGUCCGCGACAACACGGCUAAGAACACUGGUGGCGCCGCUCCACCGACCGGUACUCACUCCGAGCAUCACGAGAAGGAGGGGUUGGCCGACAAGCUCAGUCACUCACUUCACCUGGGCCACAACAAGAAGUAGUGGAAGAUGUGAAUGCAUGAUGAGGCAAGGCCGGAGAAGGGAACGCAGGGUGGUGGCUGUAACUGUGUUUCUGGCGCUCAAUGAAUGAGGCAUGCAGUAGGUGAAAAGGUUCUGACGGUCCACGAGUACGAUGCUUCCAUAGUCGGAGCAAUUGGAGUGUCCUCCAUGGACUGUUCAGCAGCUCAUGCUCAUCAUCCU